UGGACCAUCUGUAGCAGGAGCAAAAGAAGAAAGAUCUUUGGUUCCAGGUGGAAGAUGUGAGGAGUUUUGCUCGCAAUGACGUGUGCAAUUUGUGACAACAACUUUUUAAUUCUUUGAUUGGCCCGUCGUGUGUCACAAGCAACCAGAAGUGAAAAGAAGCAGUGAAAAGUGCCGAGCCAAACGCCGCAUUGGAAGUUGUUCUGUUGUUCUGGAGCUGACAAAUACAUCCUUGGGCGGCACUCCAUUGGCAUUCAUUGUUGGACCCCAAAUAAGUUGGUUGCAAGAGACAAAUAGCUAGCUCAUCACCAUGACCAUGUCAUCCCGACAGAUGCGCUUCCACUUUGACUGGGUGGAUCAUUGGGUGGAAGAGGAAUCGGCGGAAAAAUCCGCCAAAGACAUUAUGCACCGAUCGGCCGGUCGCAUGAUGAGCAUUCAGAAUUUCUUUAACGACCUCUCGCUGUAUCGAUGGCUCAAAAAAUCCACCAAGGGAAAGGUUGAAUUGGCGCGUGUCGUCGUCUUUCACAGCGACUCGUUCGUCUUUGGUCUGCAAGCCGUCUAUCGCGUUUAUUACAGUUCGAGUAGUGAAAUCCGAGAGGUUGCCGCCGAAAAGCACGUUUAUGCGUCUGGCUUUUAUGCACAGGGACGUCCUCCCAUGGUGUCCACCUUGGAACUGGCGGCCGGGGAAUUCAUUAUCGAUGUGACUACGCGACAGGGAGAAGUAGUGGAUCAAAUCACCUUUAUCACCAACCAACGAACGGUCCGAUUUGGUGGUUGGGGUGGCAUGGCACAACCGUACCAGUCGAAUCAUUUUGCCCGAGGCGUCAUGAGCCGCGUGGUCGCAUUUGCCGGAACCAAAGCCGGAGCACUCGAACGAGUGGGAUUCUUCCUAGAGCCACUUAAUUGGGAGGCCAUUCGACCCAUCGUCUUGACGCGGAGGUUGGUCGAAGAGAAACGAGCUUUGCCCGAUAGAGUCAACUGUGAAAAGUGGACGCCACAAGAAACCAGUGUCCAUGAUUUCUUGACAAGAGCCAAUGAUGAUAUUUUCUUUCGAGUGGCCAGUUACCUCAUUUAUUCCACGAGAGGAGAAGCAACCAAUCAACCCAAUCAACAUCGGUCCUAAGAAAACAUGCUGUACUUGUACGCCAACAAUUCACCAUGGAACAGCAAAAAUCCAAUACAUCUGGCUGUCCAACCUGCACAAACGAGACAAACCAGUGCAAACUACGGUACUCAGCUGAAGCUGGUGAACCAUCCGCUAUCAUAUAAGUCAUUGAAUAUACCAUGGCCGACCCAGUCAUGGCAUUAUAUAGCUUUUAAAACGAACAUUGGCGUGAAUAAUCUUUCAUUUUAGACACUUU